AUGUACCCUGACCCAAGUGGUCGAGAGAAAGUGGCAAACAAUCUUGCCCACUCCUCACUUGCAGUUCCACCCUCUUUCAACAUAUGCCCACAUCAGGAGCACAUAGUGAGUCACCGGCCGCCCACGAAGCUCUUGCUCUUCGCCCACAAGCCGUCCAAGGUUGGAGGCGAGAUGCCCCUUUGCAAGGCUUCUGAUGUUUGGACUUCGCUGCCACUGAAAGUGAGAGAGCAGCUUUCCAAGAGGGGAGUGAGAUUCCUCAUGGUACGCACGAACGCCAACUCCUCGGCAAGCAAUAUCUCUGCAUCCCGAACGUGGCAAGAGCACUGGCAGACGCAAGAUGUGUCUACGGCCAGAAGGCUGGCCGCAGAGCAAUUUCCGGGCAUGGUCACCGUGGAUGAGCAUCAAACCAUUUACGUGAGGAGUCCACGCCUUGAAGCGUACAAGGAGUCAGAAGGCAUUACAUACUAUAGGACACAGCUGCAAAACAUGUACUCUCUCAAUUGGUUCUGGGGAGAUUCAGAUGAACGCAUCAACAAUGAGAUCUUGGAAGAGAUCAUGGGCGCUGUUUGGUCUCCUUGUGUGGUGUUCACAUGGCAGGCCGGUGUUGUCGAACAUGAAUCAGCAGCCACCACCCUGCGUUGCCCCUGCGCUCCAAUCCUG